CGGAAGGAGGACUUUCGCUGUUGUUUACUUUUCUUUUUCUUUUUCUCCCCUUUACUCCUCCUCCUCGUCCCAUCCUCCUACACGGACACACACUCUCUUUGUCCGCCGCUACAACGUCUCUCCUCUGCGGUGCAGCCAUAUCUCCUUCUUGUCCUGCGUCUUUCCUUUCCUUCCACUCCACCCGUGUCCUUGUCCACUCGCACUCUGGGGGGAACCCAUCCUUUCUUGAUUCUACUCUGGGUGUAACAGCUUCAAGGAGACUGUUCAUAUAGUCGUAUAUUGAUCAUAUCGUGCCGUGCCUGAUCCGAACCACAGAAGGUCUCUUUUCCCACAAAAAUGCUGUCUGUUGCUUCGACUCUCAGGAGUAACAGGGCCACCCUGGCGUGCGCUCGCUUGAGUUCUUCACGGAACCAGCCAGCCUUGCCUAUUUCGCUGAAACAUCGUCCUCGAUUCCGAUUCCAUUCCACUGCUGCUGUCCAGGAAAGCACCCAACCCCUGCCCCAUGUCCAUCCCGUCCCCAGCGUCGCCGCCCGAGCAGAAGCCGACCAUGCCCUCCAUUCAUACACAUCUAUUUCCGGAAAACUGGAUCCCAUCCGUAUUGUCCGCCUGCCAGAAGUAAAAGCCAAUGAACCCAGAGAAUCCGGCAAGUUCGCAGACCACCAGCUGCCGGAACAGAUGGCCGUCAUGUACGCUUGUUUGAACACUGGGGACAUGGAACGAGCUCGCCGUAUCUUCCUCACACUCCACAAGAACAACCCCGACGAUAUGCUGGUCCUCGGCGACAUCAGGAUGCAUAACAGCUUCAUCGAGAGCUAUAUGAACGCCAGCCCGAGCCCGAGAACCAAGGAGGCCCUCAAAUGGUUCGAGUCACUUUCAAAAUACAGGGUCAAGCCCGAUCUGACAAGUUUUGCCAUCCUUAUCAGAGGAUUUAUCAACAUGGACAGCAUGCACACUGCCAAGGUUAUGCUAAUGGAAAUGCAAAAAGCCGGCUUCACAAUUAACGACCUAAGGCAGUGCCCGAACUUGCAAGCAGAGGAUGUGGAAAGGAUUGAUAGUGUUGCCAAGAUGCUUAAACCCGUCUCCGCCCGCAUAGCACCAUUGAUGCCUGAGACCCCAGUAGUCACAGAAGUAGCCUCCGAGUACGCCGAAGUUAAUCCUGUGAAGAAUUCCAAGAACGAGACCGUUAUUGGCGUUAAACUCAUGCGCAACACCCUAGAUGCUCUCUCGCUCAAGGAGCUCAACCGAUUUGAUCGACAGAUGAAGCUAGAGGAACGUUCGUACCAGGCUGCCAUCGACAGGAUGGAGCACGACAAGGAGAGUAUACCAGAACAGCUCAACGUCAGACCUCUUAGUAGUUAUCUUUGGCAAUGGCAUCAAUCACUUAAGGAGGGCAUCAAGGCUGAAAUCAAGCGCAUCGAUGCUGUUCUAGAGCGCCGAUCCAUCUCGGACGAUGCUGCGCUGGAUAAGGACCGCAUGCUUUACGGCCCCUUCUUGAAGUUACUCUCGCCCGACAAACUAUCCAUUAUCACGAUUCUCGAGCUACUACGCCUGAACAAUUCUGGAGGCAUCAUGGAGGGCAUGAAGUCUGCCCGCGCCUUGAUCAGUAUCGGAAAGGCGGUCGAGUCAGAGUACAACGCCGAACAGAUGACGAAAAAAUCCAAUAAGGCUCUGUUUGAUCAACGAUUCAGUGUCCACCAACUUUAUGGAAACGGGCGACUUUUCAACAUGGCUGUCCGAAAGGUCGAGACCAAGAGAUCGGAGGCUAUGCAUCCAACAGACUGGACGCCAGUGUGGCCAGAGAGUACACGAGCCAAGGUGGGCUCUGUUCUUACGACACUCUUAAUGGACUGCGCCAAGGUUCAAACCCCCAGUUUCAACCCAGAGACGAACCAGAAGAUUGUGGAGGAGAUUCCGGCAUUCUAUCACUCAUAUCAGUACAACAAAGGACAGCGCAUUGGAGUCAUCAGGGUCCAUAACCAUAUCACGGAAAUCCUCUCGAAGGAGCCCGUUGGUAACCUGAUCCAUCCAAGUUUGCUUCCCAUGUUGGUUCAUCCUCGUCCCUGGCUCUCAUACAACAGUGGCGGUUACUUGAGUACGGAAUCGAUGAUCAUGCGCAUUCGCCAUUGCCCUCAGCAGUACGAAUAUCUUCGGAAGGCACACGAGGAAGGCCUUUUAUACCGCAUCUACAAUGGCCUUGAUGUCUUGGGCAAGACGCAAUGGGCGGUCAACAAGAGGGUACUGUCGACAGUGCUGGAGGCAUGGAACAGUGGCAAGGAAUUUGCCAAGAUUCCUGCCGCUGCAGGCGAGAUCGAGGAUUUGCCCAAACCAGACGAUUUUGAGACAAGCACCAAGGCCAAGGCCAAGUGGCUCGCAGAAAAUCGCAAGAUGAAAUUGGAGGCCAAGAACCACCACAGUUUGCGUUGCGAUGUUAAUUAUAAAGUUGAAAUUGCUAGAGCUUUUGCUGACGAGCCUAUGUACUUCCCCCACAACCUGGACUUCCGUGGGCGUGCAUAUCCCAUUCCUCCAUUGUUCAACCAUCUUGGAAACGAUCUUUGUCGUGGUCUGCUUAUGUUUGGUACGGCCAAGCCUUUGGGUCCAAAGGGCUUCACGUGGCUAAAGAUUCACUUGGCCAACUUGGCAGGUUUCGACAAACACUCGCUUUCGGCUCGAGCUCAGUUCACGAUGGACAAUUUGGAGAACAUUUUCGACAGUGCCGACAAACCUAUGGAGGGCCAUCGCUGGUGGCUCAAAGCAGAGGAUCCUUGGCAGUGUCUUGCCACCUGUAUUGAGAUCACCGAAGCCGUGCGCAGCGGAGAUCCCGAGACGUAUAUGAGCAGGAUCCCAGUGCAUCAGGACGGUACUUGUAACGGUUUGCAGCAUUAUGCUGCGCUGGGAGGAGACAUGGCAGGUGCACAGCAGGUCAAUUUGGUGCCCUCUGACCGUCCCCAAGAUGUGUACUCUGGUGUGGCAGCGUCUGUGGAGCGUCUUCUCGAGAAGCAGGCGGCCGAGGGCGUCGAAUAUGCCAAGAUCUUGAGCGGCAGGAUUUCACGAAAGAUUGUGAAACAGACAGUUAUGACGAACGUGUAUGGAGUGACAUUUGUUGGUGCGCGCGCCCAGAUCGAGAACAGGCUGAAGGAGACUGAGGGUAUUCCAGAGGACCAGGUUCACGCACUCAGCACGUAUUUGACCCAGCAGGUGUUUGCAUCAAUCGGAGAGAUGUUCACGGGUGCGCGUGCGAUUCAGGACUGGCUGGCAGAGAGUGCCCGUCGCAUCGCCAAGAGUGUUCCAAAGAGCGUGGUCAAUCCCGAAACGGAUGAGAUCCAGGAAAGCCUCACGGGCAAAGGACGCAAGAAGAAGACAUCCAGACAGGCAAUUGCAGAUCAGCAAAUGACCAGCGUCAUCUGGACUACACCACUCAAUCUCCCUAUCGUCCAGCCCUAUCGCAAGAUGGAACACAAACAGGUUCGCACCAACCUUCAGUCGCUGACGAUCAAAGAUCCAAGCCAAGCUAGCCCAGUCAACGUACAGAAGCAGAGAACGGCCUUCCCGCCAAAUUUUAUUCAUUCGCUGGAUGCUACUCAUAUGUUGAUGUCCGCUGCAGGAUGUGUUGAGGCAGGUCUGACGUUCGCAUCGGUCCACGACUCGUACUGGACACACGCCUGCGAUGUCGAGGUAAUGAACGAGGUGUUGAGAAAGCAGUUCAUCCUUCUGCAUAGCAACAAUAUUAUGAAGAAUCUGGAGGCCGAGUUCAUGGAGCGUUACAGAGACUUUCUGUACCCUGUUUCACUGGUGAUCGCCAAUCCUGGGGAGCCCGUGGGCGAGGGUAUGAUUGCAUGGGACGACGAGCGUGUCCGUCGCAAGAGUGCCAGGAUCGAGAGCAGCUCAGGAUCAAGCAAGAGCGAGUUUGUGCCUGAUCUAGAGAUUCCAGAGGAUGAGUUGAUGACGAGCGAGACGGCAUCAUCAUCGUCAUUGUCACCAACGAAGGCCAAGGACGAGAACAUGUUCCAUUUUGGGGACGACGAAGAUGAUGAGCAUGAUUUGUCGAGUGUGAUUAUUGAGGAGGACGAGGCGGAGUUGGAGGCAGAGGCAAAGGCGAUGGGUAAAGCACUCCGCAAGCGGACGAAAAAGAAGGUGGCCAACAAGCUGUUCCACUCCUGGGACCCGAUCUCGUUCCCACCACUGCCAGACCGUGGCGAGUUUGAUGUGCGCAAUGUGGCCGAGUCCGACUACUUCUUCUCAUAAGUCGUCGCUGUCAUUAUCAUAACCAUUAUCACCUUCAUCAUUAGUAUUAUCAUUAUCAUUACCAUUGUCAUCAUCCUCAUCCUCAUCCUCAUCCCCAUCCUCAUCCUCAUCUCCAUCCUCAUCCUCAUCCCUAUCACUAUCUUCAUCAUCUUCAU